GGCUCAGAUGAGCAGGAACCCUCAGGGCGCUCAGGCCGGGUCCCGCGGUACCUUGUGGGGAUGAACCUUGAAGAACCCGUCUCGGGGCCCUUUCUUCAGGGGGCGUGGAAUACGGUGAUCUUGCCGCCCCAGGUUUGCAAGGAUGUCAAGGGCGGGCAGGACGACCUCGCAUCUUUUUCGCCUCUUGGAGCUCCGCGAACACGCUCCCGGUGCUUGUGGCAGCAGCGUCUGCCAGACCCGGCAGCACCGUGAGGGCGCGAAGUCGGACGGCCCGUGCGCCGCAGCAGCUACGACCUACGGCGCUCUAAGUGCCACCGAGAUGGUUCCAUGAAGAUGGGGCGCUGUGCAGGGCCCGGGGGCGUCCUGGGCUGCCCUUGGCCCGAAGGUUCUGGAGAAUCGGUGACGCGUUGCCCGAUCUCCGAGUAUGAGCCGCACAGCCUACACUGUAGGAGCCUUGCUUCUCCUCUUGGGGACACUGCUACCGGCUGCAGAAGGGAAAAAGAAAGGGUCGCAAGGCGCCAUACCCCCACCAGACAAGGCCCAGCACAAUGACUCGGAGCAGACUCAGUCACUCCAGCAGCCUGGCUCCAGGAACAGGGGACGAGGCCAAGGGCGGGGCACUGCCAUGCCUGGGGAGGAGGUGCUGGAGUCCAGCCAAGAGGCCCUGCAUGUGACCGAGCGCAAAUACCUGAAGCGAGACUGGUGCAAGACCCAGCCACUUAAGCAGACCAUCCACGAAGAGGGUUGCAACAGCCGUACCAUCAUCAACCGCUUCUGCUAUGGCCAGUGCAACUCCUUCUACAUCCCCAGACACAUCCGGAAGGAGGAAGGCUCCUUUCAGUCCUGCUCCUUCUGCAAGCCCAAGAAGUUCACCACCAUGAUGGUCACCCUCAACUGCCCUGAACUACAGCCACCCACCAAGAAGAAGAGGGUCACACGUGUGAAGCAGUGUCGUUGCAUAUCCAUUGAUUUGGAUUAAGCCAAAUCCCAUCACAGCCAGCCUGCUCGAGGGAGACAGCCCCAGGCAGGCUCAGAGCCAGACCCCAAACAACCCAAUUCUACUUGGCUUCAACUGAGAGGCCAGAAGAACUAGCAGCUGCCUCCUGGCAGGAGCCUGCUUGUGCGUAGUUUGUGUGCAUGAGUGUGCGUGGGGGCCUGUGAGUGUUUUCAGACACCAGAGGAAACACGAUCUCUGUUAGAGGAUAUUUCCUAUUAUGUAAACUUAUCUGCUUAAAACGGGGAUGGCCCAAAAAGCCCACAGCAGCCCGACUCACAUCCAAAAGGUGCACAGCUGUGGCCUGGUUCUGCUUUGGCCACCCUGUGCCCUCCUGGGGACCACAAUCUCCCUUUUGAAUGAUUCUUAAUGGACGAGGCUACUCUGUGGGAAAGAGACUUGUGUUCACGCUGCAUUAGACUUGGAAAAGUUCCUGUAACCUGUGCUUGCUUCCUCCCUUCCACAGCCCACUCAUCCUUUUUUAGGUUCACAGUGAUUAUUGCAGUCUAACCCCAUGUCUGCCCAGGUUUCUGAACUAAUUCAUUUCACCAUGGAUAUGUUUUUCAUUUUUGCAAAGACCCUCCAGACUCUGGGGAAGUUUGGCGUGGGCAAGGACAAGUGGGAUAGAGGAGUGAGACUGAGGUUGAGGACUUGUUGAACUCAGCACAGUUCAGUAGAGAAAUGUGCAGAGACCUUAAAAGGCAACUCCAAGCCAAUGAGAGCCCUGCUUCAGUGAAAGUUUUUCCCGGUAGUUAAUGGACCCAAGUGAACAGAGGAGAAAUGUGAUUGCCAAAAAAUCGUUAACUCUAACUGUCCCUGUGAUCUGCUGAAACUAGCUAUAACCCAACACCAAACUGCAAAAAUAAAUAUUUAUUCCUAUUUUCGGAACCAAGUAAGCAAACUAGACCAGCUAGAAGUAUAUUUGAGCCUUCCUGGCUUUGCCAUUGUGAGGAGAUUGAGCCAUAGAGAAGAGAAGGCUAAAAGAAAUGAAGGGGGCUGUCUCUGGCUAAGGAGCAGUGGGCUCUUACUACCCGAAGGAGUUGUAAGGGAUAUGACCUGGACUUCUUCAUUUUUCCCUUGAAGGUUCUAGGGGGAAAUUCUGUUAAGAAAGCAGGUCGUGGGGUGCCUUAGCUGUCCAUCUACUGGUGUAUCCAUGUGACAUUGUACCCUUUCUGUCCUUCCUGAGACACAACUUGGUUUGCUUCCAAUGCCCACUUAGAAUUUACCUAAGAGCCAAAGUACAGGGUAGAUGAAACUCCUGCACUUUGGAUUUAGAUGACCUGUUCUCUUUAAACCUGAGGUUUUAUAUGUAGACACCACCAGUCUCCAGUCUCCCCUCCCCCCAGAUGCUUUUUUUUUUUUUUGCCUUGUAUCUUCUCAGCUUCACUAGCCAAGUCGUGUCGUAUGGAAAACAAACACCACAGACUUGGGAUUCAAUUGCCCAUCAAGGCUCCAGCAUUCAAAGAACCAUUGCAACCAAAGAAGCUGUUUUUAUUUGUUUUUGUUUUGGUCCAGUGCUUUCCCAUCUAACAACUAAACGGGAACCAUAUUUUAAGGCAGAAAUGAUCUUGAACACCCAAAACGUUGGGUCUAAUUUUAAAACUUUGAAACUCACUACUGAUGAUUCUACACUAGGCAAAUUUGUGCGAACACACAGUCUGUGCGUUUUGUAUACACUGUAUGCCCCUGCCCUAAAUCAUUGUAUCAUCCACAUCCUCCAACAAUAAAGCACAGAAUGGAUUUAAUUAAGCACACAGAUGCUAAAGCAGGAGUUUGAGGGUCGGGGGGAGGAAAAGAAAGGGGAAGAAACGGAACAUGUAAACCCACACUAGAGAGGAAAAAUGACAUUCAGAACCGGCAAACACUGAAUUUCUUUUGCUGUUUUAACUCUGCCACAAGCAUGCAAUUUUGUUAAAAAGAGAUGACUUAAGUUGGCAGCAGUAAUCUUCUUUUAGGAGCUUGUACCACAGUCUUGCAUGUAAGUCGGAUUUGGCUCAAGUAAAGAGAGUUUCCUCAAAAUUAACUUCACGGGGAUAAUCAGCAGCAUAUCCACCCGAAAAACACAGCAAUAGCUUAAGAGGGAAACGUCUGCUUUUCUUACUGUGCCUAUAUUAAGACUAGCACAAGUAUGAUGUGUCAUCCAACGUUUAUUGAAAAUGCCAUAUCUGUUACAUAUUUUAUUGGAGUCACCAAUGAUGUAAUGGUAUAUUUUUUUCAUUAUUUUAGUAGAACUUUUUAAUGGCAAGAUAUCUGUGAUCUUAAUCUUACCUAUUAAAAUAAUGCCAAGCACCAAAUAGGAGUUUUAUGAUGUACACGUUGUGCUUGGCAUUAGAAGACAAAAACACACACCCUGUAAGUCGUUUUUUUAUUACUGUAGUUCUUCAAAGUUAAAAGUAUAAGUGAAAAAUCUGGAGGAAAAGAUAAUUUCCACUGUGUGGAAUGUGAAUAGUUAAACAGAAAGUUAUGGUUAUUUAAUGUAAUUAUUAAUUCAAAGCCUUUGGUCACUGUGAUUUCAAGCCUGUUUUCUUUUUCUCCUUCAUGUGACUUCCUCUGAGCUGGGCAAAGAAGAAGCUGGCACAAUGUAUGUUGUUGGAGACUUUUAACAGGUCAGAGGGAAACAGAAUCUCGACACAUCUGAAGUUGCAUUACAGAGUCAAGAUCUGAGCUUUUAUUUUUUUAAUUGAGUGUUCCUUAAAGGUUAACAUUGCUGAAGAAAUAUUAAGAAAGACUUUAAAUGUUAUUUUGGAAGACUUAUGAUGUGUGUGUACAAACAAAUAGCAGAUACUGAUGGAUAGUUCACAAAGUCCUGAAAGAGGAAAAAUCUAAAAUGAUAAGUGUAUGUACAGAACAUUUAUAAAUGACCAGUUAAUGCUUCAGAAUGAAAGUAGUUCUAUUGAUUUGUUAUUCCUUAAGAUAUUUAAUAUCAACCUCAUUAUGUAUUAUGUCUACUUUAAUCAUUUUAAAACAACAAAGAGUUAUAUAGACUGUGAUUGAGGUGUCUUGCUGAGUUUGAGGGUGAGAGGGAAUUUCAGAAUCGCAUAAAAGCUAAUUUGGCUUAACGUUUUAUAAAUCUGUCACUAGAUUUUAAUUUUUACCCCAAUAAUGUUCUAUAUAACCUUUGCCAAAGAGCAACCAAUAAAUUAAACCUCUUCUCUCUG